CCGACGUCCAUGACGUCAUACGUCUUUGACAUUUCACGCUUCUUCCGAAGACUUUUCUAGGUUAGGUCGUAUUUUUCGCUUCACAUUUCCAAAAAAAUGGCAAGGUACAUUGCCCAAUUAAUAAUAGCAGGCAGUCAAGUAAUCGGCCGAGCCUUCGCACGAGCUGUUAAACAAGAAUACGAAGCUUCGCAACAGGCCGCUCAGAGGUUAGGUCAAGGCAAAACUCGCAGUGAACGUAUCGCUAAUAAUAAAGUGGGACUGUCGCUUGAAGAAGCCAAGCAGAUAUUAAACGUAUCAAAUUUAAAUAAAGACGAAGUCACUAAGAGAUACGAAAGUCUAUUUAAAGCAAACGAAAAGUCCAGUGGGGGUUCAUUCUACUUGCAGUCAAAAGUAGUAAGAGCUAAAGAACGGAUCGAUAUGGAAUUGGCGGGUGAAAACGCUGCAGAAAGCCCCGGGAAGAGCGCGGAGGAAAGUAGUAAAACUUGAAGUCAUUUAUUGUUAGGAUGUUAUUAAUAAAUUGGAAAUAUUUUAACUAGAAA